AUGACCCAAAUCUACAUCAACCAGCUCCUCACAGAGGACAACAAGGUUGACGACGACAAGGUGCGCGCGUACACCAAGAUGCGCGUCGGCUCGUACCUCACCAGUCCGUUCAACAACGGGCCCGUGAACGGCACGUACAUGUGGACCGCCGACGAGUGGCGCGUGGACUCUGUGCACGGCGCCAUCUUCGUGAAGGACGCCGUGCUGUUCGGCCAGCAAAUCAACGGCGGCGCGUCGUUCAACCCCGACCUCGUGUACGAGCAGGGUCGCAUCACCGGCCGCGACACGGAGGCGUCGGGCGUACCAUGGGUAUUUGGCCCCAUUCUCGGCAUCUCGCGCAACCCGCUCUGGGCACGUACGUUCGAGACGUUCAGCGAGGAUCCACACAUCAACUCUGUCAUGGGUGACGCUAUCAUCCGCGGCCUGCAGAGCAACAACCACACCGCCGCGUGCAUGAAACACUGGAUCGUUUACCCGAAGACCCCCUCCGGUCAUGACAAGGACGCCGUGACCGUGUCGGACUACGACAUGAUGAAUUACUUCUUCCCGCCCUUCAAGGCCGCGGUGGACGCCGGCGUGAUCAGCGCGAUGGAAAACUACAUAUCCAUCAACGGCGUGCCUACCGUGUCGAAUACCAAGCUCAUGAACGCGCUGCUGCGCGAUGAUCUGGGCUUCGACGGCAUGAUGCUCACGGACUUCCACCGCACCGCGCGCAACGAGACCGAAGCCACCCGCAUCUCGCUCACACGCGCGUCCGUGGACAUGAGUAUGGUAGCGCAGGACACGAGCUUCUACAACGGCACUAAGGCGCUGUUGGAGCAGAGUCCACAGUUCCGCGAGCGGCUCAAAGAGUCUGCCCGUCGCGUGGUCAAGAUGAAGCUGCAGUUGGGUCUGUACGAGACACCCGUGCGCGGCGAAGAGAACCUCGCACUCAUCGGCAACGACGACGAUAUCUCGGCGGCUCUGGAGCUGGCGCGCGAAUCUAUUGUGUUGCUGCAGAACAACGACAGCACACUGCCGCUCAAGGAGGACGCGUCGGUGUUCCUCACGGGUUUCAUCGCCGACAACAUCGGCCGUAUGUGCGGCGGUUGGACGAUCGCAUGGCAAGGCUACAGCGACCAGGACCACCUGCUCACAAAGGGAAUCACGGUAAAGUCGGCCAUGGAGACGCUCGUCGGCAACGACAGCUUCGGCUUCUUCAACGGCCUUCACCCGAACGGUUCGUACACGGAGGCGGACCUGGCCACGGCAAAGGAAUUAGCUAGCAAUGCUGAGUACACCAUCGCCGUGAUCGGCAAGGACACGUACGCCGAGAAACCUGGUGACAUCGACGACCUGGCGUUGCCCGCUGGUCAGAUUGAGUACGUGAAGGAGCUGGCAUCCACAGGUACGAAAGUGAUCUUGGUGUUGUUCGAGGGUCGUCCACGUCUGCUUGGUGACCUACCCGAGACCGUGCACGCGGUGGUGAACGGUUUGUUGGCAUGUGAGCUGGUCGGCCAAGCCAUGGCCGAGAUCAUCUACGGCAAAGUAAACCCCAGUGGUCGCAUGCCGAUCACGUACCCGAAGGACCAGGCCAACAUCCAGAUGACGUACAACCACCCUGUGACGAGCAUGUGCCAGACGCAGGAGUCCGACGGUGCUUAUUACUGCGAGAAUCAGUGGGAUUUCGGAACGGGCCUCAGCUACACUGAGUUCACCUACUCUGAAGUGCGUCUGAGCCGCAACGUCGUCACGUCUUUGGCGGAAGACGUCGUGGUGUCUGUGGACGUUACGAACGCUGGUAGUGAAGCCGGAAAGGAGACCGUCAUGCUCUUCCUCAUCCAGCCAUACAACUCGCUGAAUGUGCCGGAGAUGAAGCAGCUCAAGAAGUUCUCCAAGAUCAGUCUCGAGCCUGGCCAGACACAGAACGUCAACUUCACACUCACAUCUGACGACUGGAGUGUUUACUACCCACAGGUGGGUCACGGGAUCAAGAAGGUGGCCGAGGACUGCGAAUACGUGGUGGCCAUCAAACCGGAGACGGACUGCGACGUAUACAACGAGACGGCCGUGGCCAACCCGCUCUGUGCAACCUUCUCACUCAACACGGGCGAGUAUUCGUUCGGCACGUUCGAGGAGCCGUGCAAAACCAUCUCGUCUUCAUCCGCAUUGUACGAGUUCCGGCCAAGUGAGUUCCGACGCAUUAACUCGUCGAAGUAG